CACAGUACGCUGUGUUACGUUAGGUCCGAGAUACUUUCACUGCUACGCUGCCUGUAGAAUUCUCCACAGUGGAUCUGACCUGCCGCGCACCGUCCUUGUGUUGUAAAAAACCACUUUCUCACCGCCAUGGAAGGGGGACUCCAGAGUUGCACGGGCUGGAGCCUCCAGCUGCAUUCCUCCUGGAAUCCCAGUGAGUCCAGCGUCCGUGCCAGUGGGUUUCUAAAUGCUCGUAUUUGUGUGUUGGUUCGUUUAUCGUUUGACAGUAAAAUGAAGAUGUGAAUGUGUACUGUGCUGAAGAUGGAUAAGGAUGCUGUUGUGGAUAUGGAUAAAAUAACGAACGGAGACGCAUCUGGGAAGAAGGCCAAACUUGGUGAAGUUGGGAAGUGGAUUAUUGAAGACGGAGAAAACGUUCCACUAGAUGUUAAACAGGCAUUUCUCCUCCCAGCCUGGUAUGAUGAAAAGAAAUUCAAAAGAGGUCAAAAAUACUUCGCUGACAAUUACUUUUCUCUAUUUGUGGCCAAGUUGUGCGGACUGUUGGUAGUACUGGCUGUACCGAGUAUACUACGAGUGCUCGUACUGACCGGGCAGUCCUCUCACCCCGUCUCCGCCUUCCGCCGCUACCUGGACACCCUCUCCCACAUGCUGGAGUGGUACGAGGGAGAUGUCAUGAACCCUAACUCCAGGGCCAGUAAAUCACUACUGAAUAUCCGCAGUCGCCACUGCCAUGCCACUCGGAGGGCAACAAAAGCAGGCUUCAGCAACAUUUCCCAGCGUGACAUGGCACUCACUCAGUUUGGCUUCAUGGGGUUUGCAGUUCUGCGGCCCAAAGAGCUCGGCCUCACAGGUUCCCAGGAGGAUCUGGAGGGGUUCCUGCACUUCUGGAGGGUCAUCGGGCACCUCUUAGGAAUCAAAGAACAGUACAACCUGUGUCAAGGGGAUGUGGAGACGACACGAGCAGCAUGUCAGGCGAUGUUGGACCGAGUCUUCAACGUUGGGCUGCGACAACCUUCCGCUGAUUUCCAGCACAUGUCCCGUGCUCUUCUCGAGGGGAUGUGGGCUCUUGUGCCCUUCAUCAAUCCUGAGGCCUUCCUCUCCUUCACCCUACUGUUGUGUGGCAUCGACACUUUCCAGUUGUCUAAAUUCUACAGCCGGACCCUCUUCCAUCUCCAGGUCUUCGUCCAGGCCGUAAUCCUAAACUCUGUGAUUGGUUUCAUCGUCAGGCCCAUCCUCAACUUCAACAUGUGGCUCUCCAUCUUCAUCACGCAAAGAUUUCCUUACCUCGCCUUCCUCGCUUUCGGGAGAAGCAUCACACCCCCAGAACAGUUCACUAUAAAGAGCUCUCUGGUUUCUGAGAACUGACUGUUUAGAGGCUUUCUUUUACAGGUCACAUUUGUGUAAAAUGUAAAUAAAUGUAUAUACUGUGUAAAUAUUUGUAUGUGAUAUAAUAUAUUGUAUUUUUAUACAUUACGUUUAUUGAAGAAUUAAUAUAAAUAACAACUAAUGUAUUUUUUUGUAAGUUAAAUUGAAAAGAUGUAAUUUUAGAGUGUAAAUAUGCAAAAUUUUAUAUAUUUCAUGAAUGUCUGAAAAAUAGUAUUGUAAAUUUUAUCAACAGAAAUUAGCAAUAGUUUACGUAAACAUUUUCAACUAAAAACAGGAUACCUGUUAAAUGUAGUAAUGUAAUAAAACUUUAUUUUCAAAAAAGUGUUAUAUAAAUCUCUCUCAUUAUGUAAAAAUAAAACUAAAGAACAGGU